AUGUAUGAUUCAGAAUUGUUACCGGUCUCCACCUCCGGAAAUGACGGCGAAGCUCCUGGCAAUGCAGGGCCUGAAAUGGAUCAGCGCCGCAUGGAAGAAUGGGAGCGGCGGCUUGACGAUUUCGUGCGACAGGGAGCGAAUAACCGCGACGGCGAUCUAUUGGCUACGAAAUAUCCGGGCCUGCUGGACCCGAAAAUGCGCGUCUGGCCCAUGCCACGUCAGUUUAAGUCGUCCAAUGGAAAGGAUGUUGUCAGGCCGGCAAUUUUUAGCCCAUUUAGCCAGUUGACCGUCUCAUUUGGUAAAGCCUCAGCGGCCGACGAGGAUUCCUCUCGUGACCUUGUGACAAAAGCGUACAACCGGUACCAUCGCAUUAUCUUCGCGCACGAGUAUGGCGACGACUAUUCCGAGCUCGACGAUUCGUUUGCGAGUGGGACGUCGCAGGGGGGUAAAGCUGCGACCAACUCCCGUGCGACGGUGGUGGUGAUAGAGCAAAUCGAUGUGCAAAUAGCGCGGCCAGGAGAACCGCUGGAUGUAGGGGUGGAUGAGAGCUACUCUCUCUCGCUCGGAGGAACAAGAGAGCCAGGUGCCGCUCUGAUAAAGGCCAACACAUCGUUUGGUGCCCUCAGAGCGUUAGAGACGCUCAGCCAGCUGUGUCGCUACCACCACCCCUCACGGCUCGUGACUAUUCAUGGUGUGCCUCUCACAGUGGAAGAUUCUCCCCGUUUCCACCACCGGGGGCUGCUCAUUGACACGGCGCGGCAUUUCCUCCCGGUGGUGGAGAUAGAGAGAGUGCUUGAUGCCAUGUCUUAUGCCAAGCUCAACGUGCUCCACUGGCACCUGGUGGACGCUCAGUCCUUCCCCAUUGAGACGCCCUCCUUCCCUCGCCUCUGGGAGGGAGCUUUCUCCCAGGCAGAGCGAUACACUCUCAAGGACGCCAAACACAUUGUCAGGUAUGCAGCAGCACGUGGCAUCGUGGUCAUCCCUGAAAUCGACACUCCCGCCCAUGCGACCUCAUGGGAAGUGGGCUACCCCGUGCUCUAUCCCAGCCCAGGUCCCUCCCGCAAGGAGUCUCUUUAUGCUCCUAGGCUAGGGGAGUGGGAUACCCGGGCUCUACCCCAGCCCCACCUGCAAGGAGUCCCGCCUGUACAACCUCCCUCCCUCUUAUGCGUUCCUCAAUUCCUGUCGCUGCCUCCUUACCCCCUGUCCCAUCCGUCCUUACAGGGGGGUGGGCUACCCCGUGCUCUAUCCCAGGCCCCACCCGCAAAGAGCCUCAGGGUGUGCCUGUAG